UGGAGAACAAUUGAACAAAGUACUACUAAUCAUUCAUUGUAAUUUUCCAAUGGUAAACAAAAGUAUGUACUAGAACUAUAGGUUAAAAAAAAGAGUAUGGGAGUUAUAAGAUAAGAUAAAUAACACAGUAGAUAGCUUAUUCAAUGUGUUCUAUUCUAGGCAACAACUGAGUUCUUGGCAUUAGCUGAACAUCAAUCAACUACUACUAUCACUGCAUAUUGAUCAAUCAAGAAGCCUGACAAGGAUGGAUCUUAUAGCUAGCGUAGCGUCGAACGUGGCUUUACCUUUCAUUCGACAAUUUACAUAUGUAUUGAUGUACAACAGUUACCUCAUCGAACUCGAGACUGAGAUUCAGAAGCUGCAGAGGGAGGAGAAAGAAAUGAGGCACACUGUUGAAGCUGCCAAAAGAAACGGGGAAGAGAUUGAAGACACGGUGCGUGACUGGUUUUUUAGAGCGCAAGCAGCCAUUGAAAAGGCAGAGGCAUUCCUCCGAGGUGAAGACGAAGGAAGAGUUGGAUGCAUGGAUGUGUACUCAAAGUACACUAAGAGUCAGAGCGCAAAAACCUUGGUGGAUCUUCUUUGUGAAAUCAAACAAGAAAAAUUUGAUCGGAUAUCUUACCGUUGUGCAUUGAAAUGCAAUUUCAGUCCUAGUGCUAGAGGUUAUGUGGAACUGGAAUCAAGAACAACAAUGUUGAAUGAAAUUCUUCAAGUGUUAAAAGAGGAUUCCAGUGUUCACAUGAUUGGUUUGUACGGAAUGGCUGGUGUGGGUAAAACUGCAUUGGUGAAGGAACUAGCAUGGAAAGCCGAGAAAGAUGGUUUAUUCGAUGUGGUAGUGAUGGCUACAGUGACAAAUUCUCCUGAUGUGAGAACGAUUCGAUCCGAAAUAGCUGAUGGGUUAGGGCUAAAGUUUGAUGAGCUGACUGAGGUGGGACGGGCGAGUCGGUUACGCCAAAGGAUUAGGCAGGAGAUCAAGAUUCUUGUGAUACUCGAUGAUAUUUGGGGAAAGCUUAGCUUAACUGAAGUUGGUAUUCCUUUUGGUGACGAUCAGGAAGGUUGCAAAGUAAUUGUAACUUCCAGAGAUCUUAAUGUGUUGACCACUAACUUUGGUGUAAAGAAGGUUUAUAGACUUGAAGUUUUGUCCGAGGAUGAGAGUUGGAAUUUGUUUGAGAAGAGGGGAGAGAAUGCUGUUAAAGAUCUUAGUAUUCAGCCGGUAGCAAUGAAAGUAGCCAAAAACUGUGCUGGUUUGCCACUUUUGAUUGUUAAUUUGGUGGAGGCAUUGAAGAACAAGGAUUUAUAUGCUUGGAAGGAUGCACUUGAGCAGUUAACGAAUUUUGACUUUGAUGGAUGUUUUUAUUCUAAAGUGCAUUCAGCUAUUGAACUAAGUUAUGAUUCAUUAGAAAGUCAAGAACUCAAAACAUUCUUCCUUCUUUUAGGAUCAAUGGGAAAUGGUUACAACAAAAAAGAUUUGUUGGUGUAUGGUUGGUGUUUAGGUUUGCAUAAACACGUCGAUACACUGGCAGAUGGAAGAAACAGACUUCACAAAUUGAUAGACAACUUGAGAGAUGCUUGUUUGUUGCUUGAAGACGAAAAAGAUCCGGUUGUGGCGCUUGAUGUCGUUCGCAAUGUGGCUGCCUCCAUUGGGUCGAAGGUCAAGCCAUUCUUUACGGUCGAGAAAAACGCCACAUUGAAAGAAUGGCCAAGAAAAGAGUUUUUGAAAAACUGUCAUCAUAUUUUCUUGGAUUGGUGUUUGAUCAAUGAACUUCCUGAGAGGUUAGAAUGUCCCAACCUGAAGAUACUAAAACUCAACUCUCAAGGUAACCAUUUGAAAAUUCAUGAUAAUUUCUUUGACCAAACGAAAGAACUAAAGGUACUAAGUUUAGGAGGUGUGAAUUGUACUCCAUCACUUCCUUCAUCUCUUGCUCUUUUGACAAACCUCCAAGCACUCAGUCUUUAUCAAUGCAUUCUGGAAGACAUUGCUAUUGUCGGAGAAAUCACAAGUUUAGAGAUUCUUAAUAUUGAGAAAUCUGAGCUUAGAGUGAUCCCUCCUGAAAUUGAACACUUGACUAAUCUUAGGUUACUAGAUUUGUCUGAUUGCUCGACACUAGAAAUAGUACCUCGGAAUCUGUUAUCAAGCCUGACAAGCUUAGAAGAACUUUAUAUGUGGGACUCAAACAUUCAAUGGGAGGUUAAGGUUAAAGAAAUUGAAAGCCAAAACAAUACUUCAAUUCUAAGUGAGUUGAAAAAUUUGCAUCAACUAUCAACUUUGAACAUGCACAUAAAUGAUGCUACAAUCUUUCCUAGAGACAUGCUUUCCUUUGGAAGACUAGAAAGUUACAAGAUUUUGAUUGGAGAUGGAUGGAAAUUUUCUGAGGAGGAAUCUGUGAACGACAAAAGUUCAAGAGUUCUUAAGCUCAAUUUGAGAAUGGAUUCAAGAAUUCUAAUGGAUUAUGGCGUCAAAAUGUUGAUGACUCGUGCUGAAGAUUUGUACUUAGCUGAACUGAAGGGUGUAAAGGAAGUACUUUAUGAAUUGAAUGAUGAAGGAUUUUCACAAUUGAAGCAUCUUAAUAUAAAAACUUGUGAUGAAAUGGAAAGCAUUAUUGGACCAACCAUAUGGUCUGUUCAUGAUCAUGCUUUUCCCAACUUGGAGUCUUUGAUCAUUCAAAAUAUGAUGAAAUUGGAGAGAAUAUGUAGUGAUCCACUUCCAGCAGAGGCUUUUGCAAAACUACAAGUUAUUAAAGUGAAAAACUGUGAUCUGAUGGAGUCUGUUUUCUUGCAUUCAAUGGUUCAACACCUAACAGAACUUGUUGAAAUUGAGAUUUCUGAAUGUAGAUAUAUGAACUAUAUCAUAGCCAAGAAAAUACAAGAGAAUGAAGGAGAAGAUGACAAGAUAGCGCUCCCGAAAUUGCGUUCACUUACGCUUGAAUCUUUACCUUCCCUUGUUAGUCUCUCUCCUGAGUCUUGCAAUAAGGAUAGUGAAAACAACAAUGAUUUCUCCAGUCAACUUUUGAAUGAUAAGGUUGAAUUUCCAAGUUUGGAGACAUUGAAGCUUUACUCAAUCAAUGUACAGAGGAUAUGGGAUGACAAACUUUCAGCAAAUUCUUGCUUUCAAAAUUUGACCAAUUUGACUGUAGAUGGUUGUGAAAGUUUGAAACAUCUUUUCUCAUUCUCAGUGGCUGAAAAAUUGGUUAAACUUCAACAUCUUUUAAUUAGUUCAUGCAAAUUGGUAGAUAAGAUAUUUGUCCGUGAGGAAACUACGCAUCACCAUCUCCAUAUAAGAAAAUCUCAUCCUGUUGAAAUGGUUCCAAUAUUCCCCAACUUAGAGACAUUAGUGAUUUCUCACAUGGACAAUUUGAAGUCAAUAUGGCCAAACCAGCUCAUUCAAACAUCGUUUUGCAAAUUGAAAAAAUUGGAAAUCAUAUCAUGUGACCAGCUUUUGAGUGUUUUCCCAAGUCAUGUGCUAAACAAAUUACAAAACAUAGAAUCAUUGAAUUUAUGGCACUGUCUUGCAGUAAAAGUUAUAUAUGAAGUAAAUGGUAUAAGUGAAGAAGAGCUUGAAAUUCCACUGAGAAAUUUAUCUUUAGGACAUUUACCAAAUCUUAAGUAUUUGUGGAAUAAGGAUCCUCAAGGAAAAAUCAAGUUUCAAAACCUGUCAAUGGUAAAAGCAACAAAAUGUGAAAGCCUAAAUCAUGUAUUUCCAUUUUCUGUGGCUAAAGAUCUUUUGCAACUACAAGUACUUGAGAUAAGUGAUUGUGGUGUAGAGGAGAUUAUUGCGAAGGAUCAAGGAGAAGUAGAAGAAGAUCUCGGACUUGUUUUCUCAAGAUUAGUAACCUUAAAGUUUUUGAAUUUGCAAGAACUAAGAUGCUUUUGUAGUGGAAAUCACAACUUCAGAUUUCCAUUGUUGAAUAAAUUAUAUGUGGUUGAGUGUCCUGCAAUGGAGACUUUUUCGCAUGGAAUCUUAAGGGCAUCAAUUCUCAGAAGAAUUUGUUUGAAUGAGAAUGGAGAUCAAUGUUACUUGGAAGCUGACCUUAAUACCACUAUAAGAAAUAUUUUCAAUAGAGGUUCCCAAGGAAGACUAUUGGUUUCAUAGAAACGCCAGAGGCUGAAAUCGCUAAUCUGUUGAAAAUACUUUGUGAUGUAAAAAUAAAAGGAAUCUUUAUUUUAGAUUCCUUGUUUGAUGUGGAAAGGGAGAGUGAACUUUGAUGUUGAGCCUCCUCCAUAAUGAAAUAUGUUUCGGACUGAGCCGAGGCCUAUCAGAACCAAUUCUCGGGUCCAUUCAAACUUGUAGUAAUCCCACAAGAAAACUCUACACACUGUGUUCAUUACCUCAGACAUGAGUGCUUGCAGGUACCCCCAACCAAUCUGUCAGAGAUGGUACUUUGUGUAUUUUAUCCAAAAUCAGUAUUUGCAGAAUUAUAUGUUGUCAUAUUAGUAAGAUUAAUACGCAUGGUUGUAAUCUUUGAUGUACCCUCUUAAACUGUGUGUAACAUAAAUAUCAGAACUACUCUUUCAAAUUGGUUAGAUCAAAUUAGCAAGUUGAUUGUGUAUUAUGAUAAGUUCACACUACAGAUUUACGUUUAA